AUGGCCACAAUCAGAGACAAUCCUUUUGAGCUACCAAAGCUGCGCGUUUCGUUCGGCUUCGAGAACGACACGCGCUUCCUUGGGUUUGACGACAACGUCGCAGGCACGUACCUAUCUCAUCAGCUGCCCUCGCGCGCGCAUUGGACUAUCCCUGAUCUUCCCACGGAGCCCAUCGUCACGCCGCUUCAGGUCCACUACCCUCACUUCUCAACGUCCGCCGUCCACAGUGGCAUCGUCGACUGCGUCGCGUUCUAUGGAGACCAAAUCCUAUCCAGGGCAUGCCAUGACAAUGUCAUCGUACUCUGGAGAAUCGAAGGCUUCUCCUCCGACGGUCCUCCUCCGGCUCCCAGUACGGCCCCAACGCUGCAAAACGUUGUGCCGACUAGCAACGAAGAUCCUGGGAGACUGACGCGCUCGGCGUUUGUUCCGGCGACGUCUCCCAUCUGUCCUGCGCAGUACACUCGACUGCUCGAGUUCCACACGCCGAGUUGCGGCCCUCAGUUCUUUAUGAGAUUCAAGCUCCAUCACGUACCCGGACAGAAUCCUGUCCUCGCAUUUUGCAACGCCGCAGGCAACAUCUUCUUCUGGGACCUGAAGCGUCUGACGGUGUACCGCGACAUCAUAGGGACACUGCGCGACGCACGUCGCGACAAGUCCAAGGUAGUCCAGCUGCCAAAUUGGCUGAAACCGGUAGUGCCAAGGCAGCGGAGCGACGCUGUUGGUAGAUUCCGCAACGCUGGAAGUGACCGGGACUCGACUGCGUCGGGCCAGACUGGGCACGUGGAGGGCACAGAUUUCAGCCCAGAAACGUUGGAAUCGUGGGCAUCCCGUUACAGUCUUGAGGAUCCGCAGGAGCCUCUGAGGGCUCACAAGACCGAGUCGUCGUCGGCUAAUUUUGUCGGACGGCAGGCGGCGUGGAGCCCUGGCGGCGAGUGUGUAUAG